AUUUGCUGUUGUUGGUUGAGUCCGUUGAGUUCUCCCGCAGGCGGCAGGGUUAGCAGCCCCGAUAAAUACGGGCUUGAACGGCGUCGGUAUGGAGCAGUCUCUCGGCUUCGCCGCUUCGCGAUUGAACCAGUGCGUUUGAAUCACGAAUCGGGCGACGGACGUCACUCGGGGAGUUCACUUCUGCAGCUCGCGCGAGUUGCCUGGCGGCGCGUACUGAGUGAGUCCGGGCAGUGGCUUUGAUUUGAAGCGCGUGUCCGUCGGCAGAGCGGACCUUUCCUCGAGCCCGCGGCUUGUCGGACCAGACCCCGCGGUGUGCGUGUGGUGCUCCUUGUCUCGAGAUCCGUCGAUGACGUCUGUGACUUCUCGGGAUACCCUCGGGGAUUCGUCAUCUCACCACGAACGAGGUGGAGCACGGGCGGCUGCGAAAGAAAAGAAGUAUUCGGAGCUGUCGAUCUUGGAGUCCGCUUCCUCGAGCCUCCUUCCGGCCUCUCUCUCUCUCUCUCUCGACUCGGCGUCUCGAUGACAGUCGUCGGAAACUACUCGCAUGUCUCGCAUCCGUCCGUCCGUUCGCACGUGCUAACCGUCACUACGGCGACGACGAUAUAGAACGCCGGCCGACCGAUCUCUCGUUAUCGUUACGCUGUCACGUUACCGAAGGCCGAACAACGUGAGCGCACACGGUGCGACGCGUCUAACACGACGGCGACGCGGGAAUCCGGCGUGCAGAUAAAUCCUGGCCCGGCUAUCGUUUGUUUACGGCAAUCGUGUCGUUCAUCCCCUUUGGGAUACCCAUGCGAUCGUCGCCUGAUUGCGUCGUGCGCGCGCGAAUAAGAGAUCAGCGAGAGGAAGAGCGGCGAGGCGAGGGCACGGCCGAUUGGGAGCACGAGAACGAUUAGAGAGCUUGGCCGAUAAAAAGCGAGAGAUAAGGAGGAGAAAUUGGCGCCCAAAUAAAUCGGAUCCCGGUCGUGUUUUUUUUUGUUUUCUUUUUGUUUUCUAAGUUCAGUCUCCGACCUGUUUCUGGUGAUCAAAUGGUGGAGCGCAAGCAUCAACGGCGCACCAUGGAGGACAGCGUUCAGGGGAAUGCCGUCCUCGAGGAGAUCUUCUACGUGACGUCGAAGCGGAACACGUACUACAAGGUGAAGCUGACGGAGAAGGGCCUGAGCCUGCAGAAGGAGCACAACGGCGCCGCGAAGAUCGAGACGAUCGCCCUGGGCGACAUAAUCGGCUGCCGAUGCAUGCGGUCCAAGCGCAGGAACGCGGGCAGCUGCGCCUGCCGACCGGGCGCGUCCAAGUCGCAGAUGAAGCUGGUGGAGUCGGCCGAGCUCUACCAGCAGUGCGACGACCUCGACACGUCGGCGUACCUGUACAUAUACGCGUACACGCUGAAGAAGACGCGCAUGAAGGUCACGCUGAGGCGCGAACGCACGACCAUCACCCUGCGCUUCCGCAGUUUCGACAAGUACGAGGACAAUUUACGGGAGGCGAGUAGGUGGCGGCUGGCGAUCAAGUGCCUGGUCGCCAACGUGCCGGUGCCGAGGAAUCUGAUGAGCCCGAGCCACGGGAACUUGGAGACGCUAGUCGGAGCAUGCCCGGGCGAAAGUCGGAAGCUCCUGGUGCUGUGUAAUCCGAAAUCGGGACCCGGCAGGGGCAGGGAAACCUUCCAGAAAAGGAUCCACCCGAUCUUGUCGGAAGCGGAGAGAUCCUACGAGAUUCACAUUACCAAGUGCCCCAAUUACGCCCGCGAGUUCGUGCGCACGAGGGAUAUCUAUCAGUGGAGCGGGCUGCUGAUGGUCGGCGGCGACGGGAUUGUCUUCGAGGUGUUGAACGGAAUUUUCCAGAGGCCCGAUUGGGAGAAGGCUCUGCAGGAAUUGCCGCUCGGGGUGAUACCGUGCGGCUCCGGCAACGGCUUGGCAAAGUCCAUCGCCCAUGCCAAGAAAGAACCGUACGAUCGCAAUCCCCUACUUAUCAGCGCGCUAUCGGCGGUCAAGUGCAAAAAGACGUCGAUGGACAUCGUGCGCGUAGAGACCAGGAGUAAGAUCCUUUUCUCAUUUCUAUCGGUGGGCUGGGGCCUGCUCUCUGACAUUGACAUCGAAAGCGAACGGCUGCGUCCCAUCGGGGGCCAAAGAUUCACCGUGUGGAGCGUGGCGCGCCUAAUAGGAUUGAGAACGUACAAGGGUAAAGUGUCGUAUUUACCUUGCAACAAGGUCCCGCCGGCGGAGAGUAUGGAAAACGGCAAUAUAUAUCACAAGGAUUACGUCACGAGUAGAACGGAGAACAUACUGUCGCAUUCGAGGAGCUACGGCGACGAAUUGGACAGGUGUAGUGGCGAGCUUGAUUCAGACUCGAAAGGCUUCUACAACACUUUCGGUGAAUCAUCCAACGAUUUGAAUGGUUGCGACGAUAAUGACGUGAUAACUGAGAAUCUGGCUCUCGAGACGGAAAACGAGAGGAGGCACAGACUUGACAGCUUCUACUCCGCAACAUCGGCGAAGUCAACUUAUUUCAGCACAGGUUCCGCCUCGAGUUAUCACAGUAUGGAAGACGACGAUAGCACAGAGAUUGGUGCAGAAAGCAUCUGUAACAAUCAAGUUAUGUAUGGGCCGUCGUCCACACUUCCGGCACUAACAACGCAACUCUCAAAUUGCUGGACAACGGUUCAAGGAGAAUUUAUAAUGGUGCAUGCAGCUUAUCAAACGCAUUUAGGACAAGACUAUUUUUUUGCGCCACGUGCUACAUUAGCCGAUGGAAUUAUUUGGCUUUUAAUAGUUAAAGCCGGUAUUACACGGGCCAACUUAGUACAAUUUUUAUUAGGUCUAAGUAGCGGGACUCAUGUGACUUGCCCGGGCGUUGAUAUGAUACCUGUGAAGGCAUUUCGGAUAGAACCUGAAAUGGAGGGAACGAGCGGACAUAUAACCGUGGACGGCGAAGAAGUCGAUUACGGUCCGCUGCAGGCUGAGAUAUUCCCUUCCCUGGCAUCGGUGAUGAUACCCUGACAUAAACGACGAUUCUUAUACAUUUAAUUGGUGAUAUCAACAAUCAAAUAAUGUUCGGAUAUAAUCCGACCAGGGGAUUCGUUCUAGGCUAGCUUAGAGAGUAAACUAGUUGUAAUAGUAACACCAAACUGUUAAUAUGUAUUAAUAUCUAUAUGAAGGUAUUUCGGAUUGUAAAACUUUUAAAUCGACAAUCUACGUAGGCUGUUUAAACAUUUCAAUCUGUUACCUUGCGAUGCGCUCACUCAGGAGGAAGAGUUUUCGUUCUCCUCUUCGUAAUGGGGAUGUGUGGAUAGAUAAAUAUAUACAUAAAAUUAUUUAUUAACCUAGAGUUGGACGGGUUAAAUCUGUUGCAUCUUAAAUAGAUACAUUUAGCCAUUUUGUAAAGUUUUUCUAUCAGUUUGUACAGUGUAUCUAUACAUGCAACAUAUAAUGAUAUUAUUUGUGCUCACUACUGUAAACUGUAAUAUUACGCGUAAGAUGCUAUAUUUUGUUACCAUGUAAAUAAUGAAUUGUUUCUUUUUUACAUAUAUAAAUAUUUUGCGAUGCUAAUCAAAUGCAUUAGAAAAUUGUAAACUUUAUUAUCACAUUUUUAAUACGUUUGCGUCUUACAUCACUAAUGCACAAUAAAAUGAUGCUGCAAUGAUGUUUAUGAUUUGAUAUGGUGCGAUAAAUGAAAUAUGUAUUUUAACGAUAAGUAACAUGCCGCAACAGUCGGUUUGAUUACACACCAUCUGUUUUAUUACUCUCAUUUUCCAUGUAAAAAGAUAAAGAACAAUAUACAUACUGAGACGGGAAUUGUGUGAAUUGUAAAGUCACAGUGUGACAUUAAUUACGUAUGAUACGUAUAUCAUACUUAAAUUACUAAAUUGCAAUUAUUAAGAUUUAAUCGAUUCUCCUAAUUGAAUUUCUCCC